UUUGCCAUGCAUUCUCUGACCAUAGAUAGUGAAGAUCCGGAAAAUUCGGAUACCGAAGUUUCGGAUAAUAUUCGUAGGAGGUCCACUAUUAACUUAGGAAAUCAACGUCAGCGAAAUGUGCGCCGCAUCCGGUUAAAAAUCUAUAAUUUCCUCGAAAAACCAUUGAACGCAGCGUCAGCACCAUAUCAUUUUUUAAUUUUUGGAUUGGUAAUCGCAAACAUAAUCCUUGGAGCAGCUACUAAUGAAAAUGAUGGCGUUGUUUCUCAAAUUCACUUUUUCCUUGAAAUAUUUAUGAUUGUAUUUUUCAUCCUGGAGUUUGCAGUAAGAUUAUGGUCUGUUAGGGCAGAUGCAAAAUAUCGGACAAGAUACGGUCGCAUUUACUAUUUAUUCCAUACAGUAACUUUGAUAGACAUUCUCAUCAUCCCCGCCACAAUUUUAUUGCUAGUAUUCAAAGGACAUGAUGUCGACGGAUCCACAUUGGAUACAUUACGUUUUAUUCAGAUAUUGCGACUUUUUCACGUAGACAGACAAAUGGCAACAUGGAAAUUGCUUCGAAAAAUGAUUAUUCUGGGAAAAUGGCAGCUAAUGGCUACCUACUAUAUAACUUUAGUUGUUGGAUUGUGUCUUGCUACAAUAAUCUACUCAACGGAAGCAAUGGCUCAAGGCAUUGACGACACAGGAUAUAGUCUCCGAGUGCCAAACGGGACAGUACCCACAUUUCCAACUAUGGCUCAUUCCUGGUGGUUUACUGUAGUUACUGUACUCACUGUAGGGUACGGUGACAUCUAUCCUGUUGGCGCUCUCACUAAAUUUUUGGUUUGUGUUCUUGGAUUCAUUGCAUUCUGUACUUUCCAAGCAGCCAAUACUCAGAUCUCUGUUGGGCUCACACUCAUGAUGGAAGAGGAGAACAAAAACCAACAAACGAACAGGUUGCGAAAUUUGGCGGCGUCCACGAUUCAGUGUUGGUGGAGAUAUCAUCUUGCCACUAACUGGAAACCGCCUCGUCGUUACACUUAUUUUGUCCACGUAUGCUACAAGCUAUAUGUCACCGAAGAGCGUAUCAACCAGAAUCGAGCUCUCGCAAAGAAGCUGAGAGAAAAAUUGGAGAAACGUCGACCAACCAAGAAGAAGUCGAUGACUCAUCAAAACUCUGUCACUGCUGAAAUCCUAAAAUUUGGGUUCAAAGGAAUGGCACGUCCAAUGCUGGAGAAGCAGGACAGUUUUGACAAAGGCGAGAGGAAAAUUUCUUUGAGAAGAACUCGAAAACGAGUUUUGUUUGCUGAGGCUCGAAACAGCUCAGUCGAGACUUCAAUGUCUUCAUCUGUGGAUGUAUCCGAGUUAGAGACACAGUUUGAAAUCAAAAAUUUCCUCGAACAAAAUGUUGACGAGCUGAGCUCCAAAGAAGUGGAUAGUUUGCUGAUGAAAUAUCGCCCUCUGCUUCGCUUUUACUACUUCAUCAUGUUUCGGUUGAUCAUGAAUAGAUUCCACACCCAACGAAUCGCUGGUCAGCUCCUCAUGAUCGAAGCCGAAAUUGCCGAGCGUGAAAAUCAGCGAAGUCAGAAAAUGAAAGAGCUCGAAGCAGUUAUCCUAGAACACACAGGAAAACCAACUUGUUCCCCAUUUGAUGAUUCGGGACUAAAAUUGUCACUAGUAGAACGUCUUGAGUUCUGUGAGAAGCAAAUGGAAGCAUUGGAGAGAAAAGUCGAUUCAAUGAGCGAUUUAACUAUCAAGUGCUUAAAUUUGAUGAUGUUAGACACCGAAAUGGCUGAAGCAGCUAAAGAUGAGCAGAAUGGGCUGCCACCAAAACCGCCGAGUGCUGGAAAUCGAAGGAAAGUAUCCGGUCCGAGACGUCAAGUUACCAUUGUUCACCAGGACACAAUUGAUGAUUGCGAAACUGUUAGCUUGGAUAGAGUCUAA